GAAAAUUGCAUUUCGUUUCUUUGAACCGUCGAUAAUCUCCAUUAUGGUUAAGUAUGUCGAUGCAACCAUGUGGUCGCGAUCAACGGAAAAUGAAGCAAGUGAUCGAUCAGAUUAGAGAGCUUGCCAACAAUUUAGAUUAUUUACGAGCAGAGAUCGGCGCUCUGAAAAAUAAUUAUCUCGCUAAUGACCUAAAUCUCCCGUUCGACGAUCGACCCGAACGUAGUGGAAAUGGCAAAACAAGCAUUUUGUACAAAUUGAAGAAGUGUCUGAGGAAGAUAAGAAGCGCAGAUUUGCAGAAAAGCAGGCAAAGUUCCACAAAGAGUCACGAGGUUUGCUAUCCACGUAAGAUUCUAGAUCAAUCGUUGCUAUCAUCCUUGAGGUAUAAUUUUCGCAUUGGCAAAAAGGGCGAAAUCACACGUUUGAAAGAUGACUGCAACCGGACGAACGAAAAAUUUCGUCAGCCAUUUGUAAAACUGUCCAAGGAUCGAAGUUCAAUCGUUUCAAAAUACUUGGAAAAUAUGGAAAAUAUUCCACGAUGGUCCGAGUUAAGUUGUGAAUUGGAUUCCUAUGUAGAAGAUCCCACAUUCCCGAACACGUACACGCUUCUGCCAAAGUCUAACUUUAAAACUAUUCCGCGAACGAGAGAAGUGUGUUCGCUGAACGAAAACAAGCAGUUCACGAACACGUCCACGCAAACCGUUUCGUCGAAAGUGAAACGAAAACGUAGAAAUUUCAAUUUUCGUCCGAACCAUUCGAGUCUUUAUUUCUCUAAGAUAAAGAAUGCCGUGAUUACGAAGAAAAUAAUAAGAAACCCGAGCGACAGAGAGUUCACGGUAUGUGGAAAAGUCAGUCGCGUGGAAGACUAUCCGUACGUGAAGAAAAAAUUUUAUGAAUGCUCGUGCAAGACAAAGAAAAUAAAGAACGCUGUUGAGACAGUUGGUCGCGAGACGUUUGAAAAAGGAUUUUCCAUACAAAAGUGUACUAAUCUAUCAUGUAUAAGCGAUGAUAAUAUGAACGAGAAUUUCACUUCCGAAGAAGAACUAGAGUCAUCUCCUUCCAUGCCAGUAUCUGUGGAUUUGGAAAUUAAUGUUUCUAACAGUUCGAACGAAAUCGAAGAAUUUCAUCCCCGUAGAAAACCAAGAACUUAUACAAUAAAGAAAACGAUCCAGAAUGACACUAACAACUGGUUCGAUCGAUUCGAAAGCGUACUCUAUGUAGGAGAUACUUCCGAUUUGACUCUUUCCUCGCAGAGUCUUCGGAACUAA